AUGGAGAAUAACAAGGGUUCCGCUCAGCAAGGCUCUACUGGUUCCCGAAGAAGGAGCUCUGGCCCAGCCUUUGAGGGUCUAAUGUCACAGAAACGGUCGAACGAUCCUUCGUCUCAAGCCAGACGUCAGAGCAUCCACGAGCAACGACCUGCGCCUGGCAUCUUCGGCCAGAUGUGGCAUAAGUAA